UGGUGAGUGGAGCUUCUUGUCCAUCCCAAAGGUGACCUCAUGGCCGUCACUGCCUCCAUGCGCAGGGACACGUGAACUGACCGAUUGACAGUCUCUGUGUACCACCGGGACAGCAAACCCACAGUCUGUGUACAGCAACGUGACUGCGCCUCGCUGAGCGUUUGCACAUCUGUAAAAGGUGGAGCCUGAGCUGGUGGAGAAACAUUCUUGAUAUGUGAACCCAAAUAGUGGAUAUCCAUCAAGGUGUCAGGGUUCCUCCUCUCACUGCAGCCAUGAAACACUGGAUGGGAAACAUGCUGAUUCUGACUCUCUGGCUAGGUAACUAUUUAAAGCUCCUGAUAUUAUCUCUUCUUUUAGGAUUCAGCUGUCAAGAACUCAAACCAGUGAAGACAGAAGAGAACAGUGUAGAAGACACAACUGUUACUCUGUCCUACAUUUACUCCAAACAGGCAACUGGUAGUGAUUAUUUCUUCUGGUAUCGACAAUAUCCAGGAAAACCACCAAAGUUCCUAAUCUCCCACUCUGCUACAGGGACUGUGGGAAUAAAUGAAAUCGAUGGACUGAACGUCAAAGUUGAUGGAAACCGAAUCAGUCUGAACCUCCCCUCUGCUGCAGUGUCAGACUCUGCUGUGUACUACUGUGCUGUGAGGCCCACAGGUUCAAUGUACGAAGCCUCAACAUCUCCUUCAUUCAAAAUGCUGUCAUCACUGAUGCUUCUAGUUAUUCUCAAAGGAUUCAGCUGUGAAGAACUCAAACCAGUGAAGACAGAGGAGAACGGUGUAGAAGACACAACUGUUACUCUGUCCUGCAAUUACUCCAGUCAGUUUACAGAUUAUUUCUUCUGGUAUCGACAAUUUCCAGGAAAAAGCCCAGAUUUCCUGAUCGGGCACGUUGGAAGACAACAUGCAAAAAGCUCUAGACUGUCUGUUAAAGUGAGUGAUGAUAAAACCAGAAUGGAUCUGAACAUCUCGUCUGCUGCAGUGUCAGACUCUGCUGUGUACUACUGUGCUGUGAAGCCCACAGUGACAGGAAACACCACAACCCUGUACAAGAACCCCUGGAGCAAAGACAACAAUGCACACCAUCCAUCAGAGGGAGUCUCGCUCUCAAUAAGUUCAGCAGGAUGUGAAACUAGCGUAUAA